AUGCAUAGGCGCGCCCAUUGUGUUCAUUCCUGAUCCUAUCCACGCUUGAACUCGAGUCAUUCGUGUGAUCGCGUACCGAGUACAACUUCAUGUUGUAGUACUUACGACUGACGCGUCAGCUCAAAGUGUCGUAGACUACCCUGUGUAUUCAACUGAAAAAAAAGAUACUACACAGUACACACUCUCGUUCACCUUGAACCUUCGACUAAAGUUUCCACCGGAUUUGGCCGCGGCCGAAACAAUGGAUUCUGAAGUUUUGAAAUCUUUGUUCGCAAAUUCGUCAAGUUAGGAUUUCAUAGUGGACACAGAAGAGGGCCCGAAGCAAGUAACGGCGCGCGGUCUUGAUAUGUAUCCAAAGCAGAAACAAAGAUGUCGCAGAGAUCCCGACUUGAGCCAAGUCUAUGGUAGGCCUAGCUCCUCACGCACGGCUCACCAUCUGACCUACAUGUAGCCCCAGGCUGGGGGCCAGUCUACUGGACUACCUUUGUACACAGAGGGGGUGGAGGGAAUGAGCGCGGCUGCCCAUGCAUUAACAAGACCAGCCGAGGAAUACGGCAAUGACGAAAACCUGGAGUUGCAGUGGGCCAUCAAAGCCUACCACCAUGCCGAAACUUACUUCAAUCUGGUCUCGUCUGUGGAUAACCGUGGCCUAAAGCUAACUCAACAAGAUGAUGAAAUCUACCAGAGCUUUAAACAGAGUUUUCCCAAUUUCAGAGUUGACAUCGUUGACCCAGAGGAGCUGAAGUCCGAGGCUUCCAAGUCGAAAUGGAGAACCUUCUGCAACAAGUUUGAAGGCGCUGUGGAGGACUUCAAUUUUGGCACAUUGCUCCGUCUUGACUGCCGGGAAGACUACUCAGAGAAGAACUCCAUAUUCGUCACAAGGAUACAGUUCUUUGCUGUCGAGAUCACCAGAAAUCGGGAAGGGCUAAACCUGGGCCUCUGGACCAAGAAACAGGAGAAGAGGAAAGACGAUGCCACUGCCGCAAAGCCUCAGACGUCAAGUUGACGAGAGGACGCUAUACAGAAAAAAACAAUUGACCUGCAACAGUGGACACCUUGCCUCCGUCUUACGACUGUAAAUGUAGACUCUAAAAGCACUGGCACCGUGAGCAUGGCAUGAAGUGUCCAAACACUACAGAGAUUUACUGCUUAUGAAGCCCUUAGCCAUAGUCCAGAUAUGAUUUAAUCAGCUCUGUGGUCUCUACACAGAAGAGUUCCCGCUGCAGUGACAGGACGGAUCCUCCAAUCCUAAUGUUGCUGUUAGCCUUUUCUCAUGUGUAUUCCAGAGUAAACUCUGUAUGUCUUUGUUAUCAGACAGUAGGGUUUCCACAUGUACAUGAACUGCAUAUUGCUACACUCUGCACUUGGAGGCAGAUGUUUGCAUGCAUGCACAGAAAAAAAAAAGACCAAGUCACAAGAUGAGUCCAGAAUUGCUGUACACCGGUACGAGUUUGAAGAUCUUUUUUUUUGCAGGGGGGGCUAGGGAAGGAGAACCUGUUAGUUUUAUGCAUCCACACUAUUUCCAAGGGAUCGCAUAAUGCAUGGAAAAAUAAGGCUGAUGUGCUUAACACGCUUACACCGUAUUCCAAUUGUAACCAGUCUUAUGGAUUUAUUUGAGCAAUAAUGGAUAUCAAUUUCUUGUGAAUAAAAUCGCCGCAAGCACUA